CCCAAAACACAUACACCCCUGGGUCGCUCGUCUUUUCAGUUUGCUGCAGUUAGCGACUGGAACAAGCUGCAACAAACACUCAAACUGGACAGUUUUAUCUCAAUCUCUUCAUUCAAAGACUCAAUCAUGGACACUCUUACUGACAGUUGUGGCUGCUUUGUGUGAUGUAUUGUUGUCUCUACCUUCUUGCCCUUUGUGCUGUUGUCUGUGCCCAAUAAUGAUUGUACCAUGUUUUGUGCUGCUACCAUGUUGUCAUGUUUUGCUACCAUGCUGUGUUGUCAUGUGUUGCUGCCUUGCUAUGUUGUCUUAGGUCUCUCUUUAUGUAAUGGUGCUGUGUGGUCUCUCUUGUCGGGAUGUGUGCUUUGUCCUAUAUUUUGGUAGGCCGUAUUUGUAAAUAAGAAUUUGUUUUUAACUGACUUGCCUAGUUAAAUAAAAACAAAUUGCUGUUAUCAAGUGAAUAUUUUGUUCAGGCAACUAGGUACGACCCCCACUGUACUGCCUUUACCACAAUAGAGAUUCUAACUAGCAGGUAAUGUCUCUGUGUCCCAGGUGUGUGGAGAUGUUGAUCAACGAGCAGAUCAGACGCUACAAUGAGAAGUUGGAGGAGAUAGAACAGCUGGAGCACGCUGAGGCUCUGGCUGUCAACCAGCUCAAACUCAAGAGACAGAACACGCUGCACUGGCAUUUGCCCCUCAGAUUUUCUGCUCCUUACAAAGGAGUGGUGGUGCAUGAGAAGAAGUGCUCUGACUUGACGGUGGUCCCUGAGAACGAUGAGCCGCUAGACUCUGACACAGAGGAUGAGAAAAACCUGAUGGAGCGCAUCAAGUCUAUAAAACAAGAGAAAUAAGAACUGAACAGACCCCUGAUUCACCACUAAAUUCAGCAGAUACUUUUGGCAAUGUAGUGUAUGUGGGCACCCCUUCAAAUGAUUGGAUUCAGCUAUUUCAGCCACACCCAUUGCUGACAGGUUUAUAAAAUCGAGCACACAGCUAUGCAAUCUCCAUAGACAAACAUUGGCGGUAGAAUGGCCCGUACUGAAGAGCUCAGUGACUUACAAUGAGGCACUGUCAUAGGAUGCCACAUUUCCAACAAGUCAGUUUUUAACAUUUCUGCCCUGCUAGAGCUGCCUCGGUCAACUGUAAGUGCUGUUAUUGUGAAGUGGAAACGUCUAGGUGCAACAAUGGCUCAACCGUGAAGUGGUAGGCCAUACAAGCUCACAGAACGGGACCGCCAAAUGCUGAAGAGCGUAAAAAUAAUCUGUCCUUGGUUGCAACACUCACUAAUGAGUUCCAAACUGCCUCUGGAAGCAACAUGAGCACAAGAACUGUUCGUCGGUAGCUUCAUGAAAUGGGUUUCCAUGGCCGAGCAGCCGCACACAAGCCUAAGAUCACCAUGCGCAAUGUCAAGCGUCGGCUGGAGUGGUGUGAAGCUCGCCGCCAUUGGACUCUGGAGCAGUGGAAACACGUUCUCUGGAGUGAUGAAUCACGCUUGUAUCACACUUGCAGUCAGACAUAUAGAUGUGGGUUUGGCGGAUGCCAUGAGAACUAUUACUUCCCUGAAUGCAUAGUGUAAAGUUUGGUGGAGGAGGAAUAGUGGUCUAGGGCUGUUUUUCAUGGUUCGGGUGGGUUCCUUAGUUCCUGUGAAGGGAAAUCUUAAUGCUUCAACAUACAAUGAGGGGCGAUUCUAGACUUCUGUCCUUCCAACUUUGUUGCAACAGUUUGGGGAAGGCCCUGUUGUAGAAAUCCACCCCUAAGGACCCCUAAGCAAUCUUUAUUA